UUUCCGACUGUCCGUGAAGCCACCACAGGGCCUUGCUCCUCUCACUUCCGGUAAAGCGCAGUCAGCUGUGAGUGAGUGGAGCCGAGUGGCAGAGAAGAAGACCUCAAAAUGUCCACGUUUAACAACAAGUUCUCCUCGUACUCGAUGACACAGCUCAACGAGUUUCUAGAGGACGACGACAAACUGUCCACCAUGGUUCAGGAGCUGGAGGAGAGAACAUGGCUGACUCCUUCCUGGAUGGUGACAUAACCCUGGACUCCUUUAUCGAUGCCUACCAGAGCAAGAGGAAGCUGGCCCAUUUAAGACGAGUGAAGAUCGAGAAGCUGCAAGAAAUGGUGCUGAAGGGCCAGCGGCUCCCUCAGGUGCCUGUCUCUUCCGCCCAACCUCAGGAUGUGCCAGCAGCAACCUCCCAGCUGAUGGAUGGCAACGACAACUCUUCUCCUCUCCCCCAGCCCAAAAGAAAGCCACCACCUCCUCCAUCUCAGCCAGCCCCUGUUCUGAAUCCAGCUCCAACUCCAGCCUCCGUCCUGGAUUCUCCUGUUUUCUACUCGGCAUCACCAUACCCCCCGAUCCCUCCCAGAACAGGGCUGCCUUUCCCCAGUGUGUCCUCUGGUUUCCCCAGCCAUUUCCUCUCUCAGUAUCCCCCUGCUCUGCCUCAAAGGCCCUCACCUCGCAUGGCCUCGCAACCUGGCUUCAUUCUGCAGUAAAUUGAAAGGAAAAAUAAUAAUUUUGUGUCUUUUUCGCUACUGGAACUCCUUAGAGAACAUGUUUUCAAUGUCAUCUGCCUUCUUGGAUUUUGACUAGUCAUAAAACAUGAAAAAAGACCUUCAACGGCUGGUCUGGACACAUUUACUGAGGCAGAUCUCCGUAUCCUCUAGGAAUCCAUGCUCACCACUAACUUGAAACCAAGCCCCCCAACUAAAUACAAAUGUAGAUGAGAUGGCCCUGAUGUGUGGCUCAGCCAGAGAAGGCCCCCUAUCCCUCCACAG